AUGUUCUUCUUCUUCGUGGGAGGAGUGAACCAACAGGUGAGUCAGGUGCUAAAAUCAGGCGCGGGUCGGUGCAUAAACUGCGGGUCAAGAGCCGAUCUUGUUGAAUAUGAGAAAGUUUUAAAGGUGUUCUUUGUUCCAGUGUGGAAAUGGCCCGGCAAAGAGCCUCUAAUGCAUUGUAAUAACUGUAAUCUCUUUUUUCCUCCUGCUCUUUCUAAGUCUGUUGAGUCUGAGUCGGUGUUACCGAGUGUCGUUUCCGAUGAUGUCAGAUGUCGUUUUUGUGACCGGGCUGUGGAUCCUGAGUUCAGGUUCUGCCCCUUUUGUGGCUCUGCUCUGUAA